CUGUCAAAAGUGUCAACACUCGUCUGCAAACAACGAUACUCUUCAAUAGCGACUGUCGAAGCCAAAAUGCAGUCAAGCUAUUUGCUCAAGUAAUGAUACCUACAAAAAGCAUUGAUUGUGUAAGAUGUGUGAACAUAUUACAGAAUAUUAUUCAACGCUAUACUUCUUCUUCUUCUUCAUACAGUAUUUAACUGCAUUACACGUCAUGAUGUCACAUGCACGCCAGACACGGAGGACCAACAGGUUCGUGGGAGCAGAAGCGAAAGAAGAAGAAGAAGAAGGAGGAGGGCGAGAAGAAGAAGAAGAAGAAGGACGAGAAGAAGAAAGAAGAAGAAGAAGGAGGACGAGAAGAAGAAGAAGAGAAAAAAAAAGGACGAGAAGAAGAAGAAGAGAGAAAAAAAAAAAAAAGGAAGGACGUGUCGCUUUGAACUUAACUAGUUGUCGUAUUAAGGAAUACACGUAUCGCCGUCAGUCGAAGGACAUUUAGCGAAGUUUUGGUCAGUUUUGUUUCCUUUUAUUGUUCUUUUGUUUGUUUUUACUUCCGGCCUCCGACCGAGCCACCAUGGCGACGCUCGACGUGGAGGACGAGAGCAUUCUGGCGUCCGUCUUCCACGACUGCUUCCCGGCGGACGGCUGGAGGGACAAAGCGGACAUGACGACCUACUUGUCGGAGCUCAGUUCGUUCGGCGUGGACCGGCUCGGCCGCGAGCAGGAGCGUCUGGCGGAGGAGCGGGCCCAGAUCCUCGAGCAGACCCGACACUUGGCCUUUUCCAACUACCACACGUUCAUCCGCACCGCCGACUGCACGGAGCACAUCUACCGAGACUUUGGACGCGUCGAGGCCGGCGUGUCGCGGCUGCUGGACAAGCUGCCCGCCCUCGGACAGAGAUGCCGGAGCUUCGCGAAGGAGGCGGAGGAGAUGUCGGCGAGCCGCCGCAUGAACACGCUGACGCUGAAGCGCCACACGGAGAUCUUGGAGAUCCUGGAGAUCCCGCAGCUGAUGGACACGUGCGUCCGCAACGCGUACUACGACCAAGCGCUGGAGCUGGCCGCCUACGUCCGCAGGCUGGACAAGAAGCACGGCGCGCUUCCUGUCAUACGGGGCCUGGUGGGCGAAGUUCGUCAGAGCGCCCAGCUGAUGCUGCUCCAGCUCCUGCAGCAGCUGCGCAGCGACGCUCAGCUGUCGUCGUGCCUGCGCGCCGUCGGCUACCUGCGGCGCAUGGACGCCUUCGGCGAGGCCGAGCUCCGCGUCAAGUUCCUGCAGGCCCGCGGCGCCUGGCUGCGCUCCGUGCUGGACGCCGUGCCCGACGCCGAGCCGUACGCCCACAUCAGCAAGAGCGCCGAGGCGUGCCGCGUGCACCUCUUCGACGUCAUCACGCAGUACCGCGCCAUCUUCUCGGACCAGCGAGACCAGCAAGACCAGCAGGCGCUGCGCCAGGCCGACAUCCUCCACGGCUGGGUCCUCACCAAGGUGUGCGAGUUGGUGGAGGUGCUGGAGCGCGACCUGCAGCGCGGGGCCGGCGGCCGGCUGGACUCCCUGGUGGCCCAGUGCAUGUACUUGGGCCUUUCCUUCAGCCGCGUGGGCGUGGACCUCCGCGGCCUGCUGGCGGUGGCGUUCCAGCGGGCGGCGGCCGCGGCCUUCGUGAGCGCGGCGCGGGAGGCGGCGGCGAGCUUUGGCGAAGACAUGAGCGCGUACACCCCGGUGGCCAUGCCCUCCGUGCCGGGGGCCGCCUUCUCCUCCGCCGGCGCGGACCAGCCCGGAACGGUGACCCCUCCCGCCAGCCUGCUGGACUUCCCGCCGCUGGCCCGCUUCCUCAACCGCAUCCUGAUGGCCUUCAACGACCUGCGCCUCUGCUGCCCCCUGGCGCUUGCCCAACGCAUCACCGCAGACUUGCACUCCGCCCUUUCCGACGUGACCAAUGAGCUGUUGGCGUUCCACCACGCUGAGGAUUCGGCCUUCAGCGAUGGCGAACGGCAACUCUUCGCGCGCAUGUGCUGCGUCUACGCCCGGGACCUCCUGCCCUUCCUGGACCGAUGCCUGCAGAUCCUGUUUCCUGCCCAGCAGAUGGCGCUCAUCCUCGGUGUUCCAGUCUCUCAAAUGCGCAGCAACGAGCGUUUGGGUCGGGUCGACGCUGAGCAGCUGUUGGAGCCGCUCAAGUUUUUGCUUCCCGAGGACGACGGAGCCCCGUCGGACGUCGGCGCGACGCUGAGCGCCGUCGAGUCUGACGUCGGCGCGGAGGCGAGCGGCGUCGAGUCGACGUCGGCGCUUUCCCGUGACGUGGCCGCGGGGGCCCGCUCCGGAGAGCCGGAGGUAACGUUGCCAGCGACACAGCGCCAGGACCAGGACCAGGACCAGGAAGACCGCCGAGAGAUGGCGAAUGUGUUGUCAUGACGACCAAAAUCCCCGAGUGAGCGCGUGCAUUGAGGAAUGGAGGUGACUCUUUCAUCCAAAAAUGUCACUGGUCCAUCCCAAAGUGGGUGCGACUGACAAAGGAGCGUCAGGAGGUUCCAGGUUUGGUUCUAUUUUUAAAACAACAAAGCAAAUGUGGGAUGAAAAGGGUGAGAUAUCGGGUGGACUUUAUUCAUAAUUUCAUUGCAACUUUGGUGAAGGGAGCUGAUUCACGAUUGGCUGCUGUGUGUCUCGUGGCCAAUAAAUGAACAAGAACUAUCACAUUA